AUGCUGGACAAGUACGAGAGGGAAGAGGAUCGCAACCAAUUUCUCCUUCGACCGUGGGUCGUGGCAUGCGAAGCCGCUUUGAUCUUGAAGGACAAUGCCGACAAGGUGAGAGCCAUGAAUCCUGCUUCCAGAUUGCAGCAUAUCAAUGCAGUCGAGGCGGUGGGUGCGGAAGUUCCGAUCUCCAUCAAGUCCGCGGUUGCUGCGAGUUCUGUGGAGGAGAAGUUUGAAAUGCUUCUGAAGGCGAACUCCAAUGUUGAGGUCUUGACCGCUGUUCGGCACAUCCUCCAGACCUUGAUGCCCUUCCAGACGAUUGCGAUGCGAACAGAAGCUAAGAUCAAUCAGGUUGCCGAGAAGAUGAAGGAUACGACGGGGGAAAUGCAGGAGGCCAUCAUGGAUGCUUUCGGCUGCGAUGCCUUCUUCAAGCUGGUGAUGGAAGGUAGCACACAGUGGAAGAAGAUCUUGAAGUUUUCGCAGGCUUUGCUUCAAGAGUUGGCAUCCGACACAGCCAAGGCCGCGCGCGGCAUGGGCUGGGAUUCAAUCUUGAAGCGCAUGCAGGUCGCAGCCCAGGCCUUCUGCAUGUUGCUGGACCCGGAGGACACGGAGCGGAGCUUCCAAGACCUUGCGGCCGUGCGUAGCUACAAGGGCGACCUCAGCUUCGAGCACACACUGAAGAGCUCCUUAUCCUCCGGUGCAUUCUGGAAUAACAUCGUGGAUAAUAUUCUCCAGACGGCCACGGCAACGAAGUUGGCUGCAAGUCGGAUUUCAGAUCUUCGAACAAUGGCCAAAGGGCCGGAGAUUGCAACCUCCGACCUCUUGACGAUCGUCGCCGAGCUGCCGCAGCUGCGAAAGACGGUGCGAAGAGGAUCGCUCGAGUCCAUCGAGCACAAUGUGCAGAAGUGCCUGAAGGACUUGGCGAUCAAGAUCGUGAACCAGCAGAGCCCACAGAGCGGUGACGGCGAGCGCAUCACCGUCGUCAUGCAGGGCCUGCCGCUGUUUGACAGCAAGGAAGGUGUCCUUGACCUUCUGGCACGAGUCAGGAAGUGGCAGGCAGGGCAUACAGACUUCAUGGUCGCCAGUGAAAUCGAGGACAUCCUGCGCAACAUCGAGACGAAGACCUUGGGCGACCUUGCUUCCUUUGUGACAAAGAUCUUGAGCAAGGAGCGGCAGGACACGACAGCGGAGAUGGGCAAGCAGCUCGUCGGCCUCCUGCCCCAGAUGCUUGCGUGUGCGAAGCAGGAGGUUCUGGAUGAAAAGAUCCCCCAGGCAACUUUCAAAUCUCGCUGGCAGUGCAUGAAGCUGCUGGUCAGGGAGAUUCAGAAGUCGCUCCCGCCGAAGCACUUCGAUUACUUGAUCAACCUCCUCGACUUGACCUUCUUCGGAUGUAUGUUGGUGAACGAUCUCCGAGCCUUGAAGCAGCCUGCGGCCGAAGAUGCGGCUGAGCAUGGGGUCCAAACAGACAUUCUCGAAAGAUGUGCGAAGUCUGUGAAAGGCAUCGGUAGCCUGAAGAGCAAGUGUGCUAUCAUGGAGAACCCCGCUGAUGAUGCUGAGCCAGCUGCUGAGCAGGCUGUGGAUGGUGAAAAUGACGUUCUGGCAAGCUUGCUGACCAGUGGCCUUUCCACGAACUUCGACAGCCUCUGCGAGGACAAGGGGCUGCGAGACAGGAUCAGCAAGCUUGCAGAGGAGUUUGCCACCACCACAGUCGGCAACCACUUCACCGUGAUCAACAAUGUCGCGAAGAAGUGGCAUUCGGAUAAGCUGUGGAAGAAUGAUCUGGAGAACCCGGAUGACUUUGGCGAGGUCACCAAGCUGUUGGAGAAGACUCUUCAAGGGCUCAGUGGAAACGGCCUUCGGAAGGCUCUGGACGACGGAAAGAAGAUCCACAACAAUGCGAAUGGGAUUGUGAAGUCCUACAGCUUCUUCAAGCUGGCGGAGGUGGACACGUUGCAGCAGGCGAGUGCAAAGCUUGCACAGGAGCUGCGGCUGCUUGCAAAUGUGCUUACGGAGCAGAUCCUUUUCACGUGUGUUACCAAUCCCAAGUUGAAAGGGUCGGCCGCUGAAAUCAUCCGACAGCAGAUGACUGAGAUUCAGGCCCGAAAUGCGGAGUCUGAAAUUCUUCCUAUUCUGAUCGAGAAGGCCAAAGCCUUCUUGAAUGAGUGA